AUGGUACAGAUACAUUUUGCUGCUGGUGUGUGUUGUGCUGCAGAUCUUAACAAGUGCCUCCCCAGCCCCUGUAAAAACAAUGCUAUCUGUGAGGAACACACUGAAGAUUACGUUUGCCAUUGUCCAGCAACACCUGUAGCAUUUACAGGGAAGAACUGUGAAGAACCAUAUGAUAGUUGCUCAUCCGACCCCUGUUUGCACAACGCUACUUGUAAAAGCACGCUGGGAACAACAGACUUCUCUUGUAACUGCCUUCCUGGAUACACUGGCAACAAAUGUGAAAUUUACAUCAAUGAGUGUGCCCACAGCCCAUGUAGGAACGAAGCCACCUGUUUGGAUGACAAUGUUGGGCACAUCUGCUUGUGCACACCAGGUUAUACUGGCAGAAACUGCGAAACUGACAUGAUAAAAUGUGCAUCAAGCCCAUGUGCAAAUGGAGCCGUAUGCAAGGAUAAGGCUGAUGGGUUUUCAUGUUUCUGUGUGCCUGGUUUCCAGGGCAAACAGUGUGAGAUCGAAGUGGACGAGUGUGCGUCAGAACCUUGUAUGAAUGGAGCCAUGUGUAUGAACAAAAUCGACAAAUAUAUCUGCAAAUGCCCACUUGGCUUUACAGGCACAAAUUGUGAGUUGGACAUCAAUGAGUGCUUCUCACAGCCAUGCCUGAAUGCUGGGACUUGCCAUGACAACCUGGCCACCUAUUCUUGCACUUGUGCUCUUGGUUUCAAGGGCUCCAACUGCGAAAUCAACCUUGAUGAGUGCGAGAGUCAGCCAUGUCAGAAUGGGGGACGAUGCAUAGAUGAAGUGAACAGAUAUAGCUGUGACUGUGCUGACACUCAGUUCACGGGUCUGCACUGUGAGAUCUACGUUCCAGCCUGUCUUUCACAGCCCUGCCUCAACAAUGCCACCUGCCAGGACACUGUUGGAUACUACACUUGCCACUGCUGGCCAGGUUUCACAGGGACGCAGUGUGAAAUCGAUAUUAAUGAAUGCCACAGCAAUCCUUGUGUACAUGGUGGCGAGUGUCUUGAACUCUCCUGGCAGAACAUGUAUGGAAACAGCUCAGAAAUACCUGCAGAGUUCAGCUAUGAGCAUGCUGUUGGGUACAUUUGUAGAUGUCAGCAUGGGUUCACAGGCUCGUUCUGUGAAAUGGAUGUUAAUGAAUGUGACCAAAGUCCUUGUCAAAACGGUGGAACCUGUCAGAAUACUGCUGGGAGUUACAUCUGUCAAUGCCCAACCACACACCAACAAGGAGAUUUUUAUGGAGGCAAGAACUGCACAGACCUUUUGAUCGGCUGUGAGAACCACAAGUGCCAGAACAGAGCCAAGUGUAUUCCUUCACUAAAAGACGCACAACAUGUGUACCAUUGCAUUUGUGCCCAUGGGUACACAGGCUUGAACUGUCAAACACAGACAACAUUUUCGUUUGACAUCAAUGGAUAUCUUCAUGUUAAAGUACCAGCUUCCAGAAAUAUUGACGAGCCAAUGGAAAGCCUUUUCAGUGUAUCCCUGAGGUUCAGAACUUUAUUGCUCAACACAAUUGUAUUUCAUAGGGGAAAUAAAGAUACAUUUAUGAGAAUGGAUAUACUCAAUGGAUAUUUAUAUACAUCUCUGCAAAUGGACAACCAGCUAGUUACAGAUCUUCAGAUUUUUAAGAACGUCAGUGACGGUGACUGGCACACUGUGGAAAUGACAGUAGGAAGAGCCUUUGCUGUGAAACUCCUGGAUGACCCAUGUUCAGAAGAUUGCACCAUCCAAAAGUUUGUUCAGCUAGAAAAUGAUCAACUUGCUUCUGCGUUUGAAAGCAUUUUCUUUGGGGGCAUCGAGAAUGGCAGCAGGCACUUUUCAGGAGCCACUGACAUUGUCCAGUCUCAGCCUUAUUUUGUUGGUUGCCUCCAGGAUGUGGAAGUUGAUUCCAAAAUAAUUGUCCCAGAAAAGCUUUCAUCGGAUUCAACAAUGAACAUGAAGCCAGGGUGCAGGAAGAAAGACUGGUGCCAGAAUAAUCCAUGCCAGAACAGAGGCAAAUGUCUUGAUUUGUGGCUGAACUACAAAUGUGAAUGUUUCAGACCAUACGUGGGAUCUAACUGUUCAAAGGAAUUAAUUCCCGGCAGAUUUGGCCAUGAAGACACAAAGGGAUAUGCUUUAUUUAUCAUUGAUGAUGAUCUAGGAGAAGAGGUGAACAUCUCCAUGUUCAUUCGCACACGGAAACGUAAUGGCUUAUUAUUUGCUCUGAAGAAUAGCAGUGCUCAGUACCUUCAGAUAAGGUUGGACAGUGGUAAAAUUAUUGUCCAAUCUUAUUUGUCCAAAGCUCUCAGUGGUGAUCACUAUACCAGUGACAGUGACCUCCAUUUCAUAACUGUGAACAUUGGAAGAAACAGGAUGAAGCUUACCCAAUCUGGACAGAUGGUCAGCCACAUGCACAUUCAUCCAAUCAAAGUGCAAGCUGGAGAUUUGGCAUAUAUUGGAGGCCUGCCUGAUCAACUGAAAUCUACCAGUGAUUCCAGCUACUUUAAAGGAUGUAUCCAGGACCUCAGAAUUAACAACAAAAGCUUUGAAUUUUAUCCCAAUGGUGUUCUGAUGGAAUCUUACAGUAACAGGACACUUGUAAAUGUAACAAGUGGCUGCAUUGGUGACAAUACAUGUAAGUUAAACCCAUGUCUGAAUGGCGGAUUGUGCGCCUCCAUCUGGGAUGACUUUGUAUGCACGUGUCCGCCAAAUACAUCAGGGAAAAUGUGCGACCAAGUGAAAUGGUGCCAGCUUGGCCCAUGUCCAUCAAACUCUCAAUGUCACCUCCUCAGUGAUGGAUUUGACUGCAUCUCUAAUGCAACAUUUAAAGGAGAAAAAAGCAUGCUGACUUUCAGAGGGAAUGGAAAGAUUGUGCGAGAUCUCAUCAACAUUACAUUUAGUCUUCGAACCAGGAACUCAAAUGCAAUUUUGCUCCAUGCUGAAAAGGAGCACGACUUUAUCACCAUUGGUAUCAAGCAGUGCCAUUUAAUAUUUAUGAUGCAAAGUGGGAACAGCCUGGACACCCUGAGUAUGCUCAGCCUGACAGGAGUAAGUGAUGGCCUGUGGCAUAACGUGAUUCUUUACAUGACAGAUCCGUUGCUUCACUCAUCCAGAUGGCAGAUGGAGAUAGAUAAGCAAGAAGCGACUGUCACCAGCACAGUUACCAAUGGGAACAUGAACUUUCUAGCAGAAGGAACAGACAUUUAUCUUGGUGGUGGAGGUCCCGAGAUUCGAGGCAGUUUAGCAGGUUGCCUGAACACUGUAAAGCUUGGUGGCAUUUCCUUACCUUACUUUGAAAGUGCUGAUAUUCACAUUAACAAGCCUCAACAAGAACAAUUUAUUAAAAUAUCCUCUAACACUGUACUAAUAGGUUGCCCAAGGAGCAACAUUUGUGCAUCCAAUCCCUGCAGAAACAAUGGCAGAUGUGAGGACAUGGUCGGUUACUAUCAAUGUAACUGUCUUUCGGGUUGGACUGGCCUGAACUGCGAAGUCAAUAUCAAUGAAUGUCAAUCAAAUCCUUGUGUCCAUGGCAACUGUACUGACAAAGUAUCAGCAUACAAAUGUAUAUGUGCACCUGGUUUCACAGGCACUCGGUGCGAAACAAACAGAAACGACUGUCACAACCACAAGUGCGCAAAUGGAGCUAGAUGCAUUGAUGGCAUAAAUGGUUACUCCUGCAGUUGUCCUACUAACUUCAUCGGAAGAUUUUGUGAAUAUCCUAGACUUUCAACUACACUUUGCAUUGAUGAAAAGAAAAACUGGACCUGGACCUGUUAUAAUGGGGGAAACUGUACGGAUAAGAAGAAUGUCAGGUGUAACUGUCCAUUGGGAUUCAGUGGAAGCCGGUGUGAGAUGGACGCUGAUGAAUGUCAAUCGGACCCUUGUCUGAACGGGGGCCUGUGUCAGAACCUGCCCGGCCGGUUCCAGUGCAUCUGCGACAUGAGCUUUGUUGGUGACCGAUGCGAAGUGGAUGACUUGGACAUUUGGACCUCAGAACUUCUUCUGUACAUUGGGUUGGUGACCGUGGCUCUGUUGCUGAUUCUGCUUCUAGCUCUCGCUGCCUUCAUUGUGGCCUUGAAUAAGAGGGCAACACAGGGGACCUACAGCCCCAGCCGACAGGAGAAGGAGGGGUCACGUGUGGAGAUGUGGAACAUGGUGCAGCCUCCUCCAAUGGAGAGAUUGAUUUGAACAGGUUUAUAAAAAAAAGGAAGC